UAGUUAGGACUGAGUGAAACUUGGUGUCUUCGAUAUUAAAUAAACGGAAGGAUUCGGAUUUGACAACGUGAAAUACGGAUUUUGUUAUUUUCAAGGAUUUUGUCAUCGGACCAGAAAUUUUAAUGACGACUCAGGAUUCUUAACAGUGUGUUUUAAAACCUUCACGACGUUAUAACGCGUUUAAAUAACGCGAAUUUCACAACGUUUUAGGAACGUGACGUUAUAUCCGACCACGCAAGGAACUGAACGUUAUCGUACACGUUUCCGUAACGUACAUGCUGAACGGUGUCGAUGUGACAUCGACUAUUUUUCUUAGUUCGUACCUUAAACAGGCAUCAUACCAGUUCACGAGAAUUUGACCCUCGGGUCUUUCGCCCGACCACCACCCCACCAAUACGACUCCUGUGUUGUGAAGAAGGAGCUGGGCCAAGAAGAGAUGGUUCACUGUGCUGGAUGUGAACGCCCUAUAUCCGACAGGUUUCUUCUCAAUGUUUUAGAUCGUGCCUGGCAUGCCAAGUGUGUCCAGUGCUUUGACUGUAAAAAUAAUUUGACGGAAAAGUGUUUUUAUCGAGAGGGAAAAUUAUAUUGUCGACUCGAUUUUUUCAGCCUUGUCACACCGUCUUCAUUAAAACAUACUGGACGUUACACUCUGUUAAAUUUCGUUUCAUGUUUCGCUUGUAUGGUGUGUAGAAAACAGCUAUCAACAGGCGAGGAACUUUAUAUUUUAGACGAAAAUAAAUUUAUUUGUAAAGAAGAUUAUAUUAACAGUAAAUUUGCUGGAACAGGAACCAGGAAUUCUGGACAGGACGGUUUAGAUUUAAACGCGAAUCCACCGAGUAAUGACAGUAACGGUAGUGCUAGCCCCUCGGGGAGUGUUAAUGGCGAUAAGGGCGGGAAAGACUGUGGUGGCGGUACUGUCGGAGCUAAAAGGCGCGGACCACGAACGACGAUAAAAGCCAAGCAGUUAGAAGUGUUAAAAGCAGCUUUUAAUGCCACACCAAAACCUACACGUCAUAUCCGUGAACAACUUGCUCAAGAAACCGGACUCAAUAUGAGAGUGAUUCAGGUUUGGUUCCAAAACAGAAGAUCGAAAGAGAGAAGAAUGAAGCAGUUAAGUGCGCUGGGAGCAAGGCGGCACUUCUUCAGGAACCCACGGCGUAUGAGA